AUGGCAGGAGAUCGCCGGGCUCUGUGUCUGGUCGCCGGCGCGAUCCUCCUCUGCUCGUGCUUUUCUCGGGCGCAGUGCGGCGACGGGCAGGAGCAGGAGCGGGAGAUUCAGAGGCUCAGGUCCAAGGUCGCGUCCCUAGAGGACGAGGUCGGCUGGAGGAAGGAGGAGACCUCGCAGCUGGAGAGCGUCGUCAGGGAGAGGACGGCGCAGAUCGUGGCGUUGGUCAGCGGGCUAGAGGCUAUGCAGGUGAGGAAUGUGGCUGACGAUGAAUCCGUGGUGAAGGCGAGCACCAACAGUGCGAUGAUCGAGAAGCAGAUUGAGAGGCUGGGCAGUGAUUUGGAAGACCAAGUUAAGAAAGGGGAGCUAUUGGAAGCCCGGGCUAGCGAAGCAGAGAAAAGCCUGCUUGAGCUCGGUCAGAAGUUGGAUCGUGUUGAGAAGAUAAACGCUGAGCAGAGGAAGAAAAUCGAGGAGCUGGAACGAGAUCUUCAGCAUUCAAAAGGUAAACUGUCUGAAGUGCAAAGACAAGCAAAAUUGAAGGCUCAAGAGUUGGCAAAUGUACAUGGCAUGUGGCUACCGUAUUGGUUCGCAUCGCGCUCUGUACAUUGUCAGGAACUAGCAUCUGCCAAAUGGCAUCUCCACGGGAAGCCUGUGCUUGAUGCUCUGAUGGAGAAGGUUGCUGAGACGUUGGCACAUGCACAAAGACGGGUGGAACCACACUUGCAGGCAACAAAAAAUAAACUGUUGCCUGUUGCCAAAUUUCAUUUCAACUCACUGAAGAACAGAACUAAGCCGUACGUGUCGGUGGUAGCUGACAGGAUCACCACAGCCUACAGAGCUUGCAAGGAUGCCAUCCAGCCAUGUGUGGCCAAGUCUCGAGAGUUUGCAGAUCACUACUGGCAGGAAUGCAGGAAGUCCUCCGGGCCACACGUCGGACGGAUCGCGGCAGCGUCUGAACCUCACCUUUCGGCUAUUGAACCUUACACGAGGCCUGUCAAGUCUGUUUGGAGACAGCUCGUUAUGUCGACGAGCUUGUACCAUAGUCAGGUUCAGAAAGGAAUCAGUGGCUUCCUGGAGGGCAGCGGGCUGCUGGACCCACUUUCAGCUUAUAGAUUGCCGUGGUGGAUGGCGUCCGCCAUGUGUGCGCUGCCCAUGUUGUACGCCUACAAGAUCUUCUCGGCUACUGUCCGCAAAAAAAAUCAGGCGAGAGCCGACAGAGGUGGAGGCACAUCUUCGGACGGCAAGCACGCGCGCAGGGUCGAGGAGUAG